GCCCAAUUGACUCGACUGGAAUGGCAACAAGAGGAAUUGGAUGCUGCCCUCGCUUUGCUUUUCCUCCUCGCAACGGAGUACCCAGGGCAAGAUGGGUAUUGCUAUACUACGUUCUCGUUGGACAACCCUUCCUGCCACCCUAGUUGUGGGUACUGGGACGCUGUAUGCAACAGGAGAUCCGGCUCAAUUGAACAGACAAUCACUUCCUACAGACCAGAAGCAGGCAUUUUCUACUACGGCUCCGCGAGAGGCUUUCUACCCGUUCAACAGGCAUAAUGCGGGCGAUUCGCGUGGGAACGAUGCGGAUAAGAACUCCGAGGAAGCGCACCACGACAAUUCUAUGUGGACGAGGAUCUUACACAAGUUCGGGGAUGUGAAGCAAGCCGUUGGUUCGAAUGAAUGGAUGGAUAUUGAUAUCAAGCAAUACAUUAUCCCAGACUGGACCAAAUACUUGCCGGGCACAGUCCAGAAGCUUCAACGAGAGCUCUCAAUGUCUCCUGGAUCCCUGGCUGACGAGGUAUGGCGGGAAUCCAAAGAUGCGGACAUCAACCCAGAAAUUCUGCGAGAAGCUAGGGUCCGUGUUGGAGAUAGUCUCUGUCCUGAGGAACAGGCGUUUCGGAAAAAACGACAACAGCACGCGGUGAGAGCACUGGCAGUCUAUCUUAACAUACCCGAGUCAGAUAUCCACCCCGAGGAUGUCCCAAUCAUUGCCAUGUGUGGCUCAGGAGGAGGCCUGCGUGCCCUCGUGGCUGGCACAGGGUCAUAUCUUGCCGCACAAGAGGCCGGUCUCUGGGACUGCGUCACUUAUACGGCCGGGGUUAGCGGAAGCUGUUGGCUGCAGACGCUAUACCACUCGUCUAUCGCUCGGGGCAAUUUCAACCGCUUAAUGAACCAUUUGAAAAACAGACUGGGUGUGCAUAUCGCAUUUCCACCCAAAGCCCUGAGCUUGCUCACAACGGCUCCCACUAACAAGUAUCUGUUGAGUGGGAUGAUCGAGAAGCUGAAAGGCGACCCUGGUGCGGACUUUGGCCUGGUGGACAUUUAUGGAAUCUUGCUGUCAGCAAGACUGCUCGUGCCCCGUGGUGAACUCGGGGUAUCUGAUCGCGACCUCAAAUUAUCAAAUCAGCGGCCCAACGUUGACAACGGAGCCCAUCCACUCCCGAUCUACACAGCUGUGCGUCAUGAAAUUCCAAUUCUUGAGGAACUCCAAGACGAUGCAAACAUGCAAAGACGCCGACAGCCAGAGAGACUCAUCAGGGAGUCAAGAAGCGAGGCGUGGUUCCAGUGGUUCGAGUUUACCCCCUACGAGUUCUUCUGCGAAGAGCUCGGUGCUGGUAUACCAACCUGGGCUUUAGGAAGACACUUCAACGAGGGCAAGGAUUUAUUUUCUAGCGGAGAACUCCCAACCCCAGAGACCCGUAUUCCUGAGUUUAUGGGCGUAUGGGGGAGCGCUUUCUGCGCAACCCUCUCCCACUACUACAAGGAGAUACGGCCAGUGAUCCGAGGCAUAGCUGGGUUCGGUGGUAUCGACUCUCUCAUUCAAGGCAAGACAAAAGACCUCGUUCGAGUCCACCCCAUCGACCCGGCUACUAUACCAAACUACGUGUUGGGCAUGAAGGAUAUGCUACCAGAGUCUUGCCCAGAGUCAAUUUUCAACAACCAACAUCUCCGGCUCAUGGACGCCGGAAUGAGCAACAACCUACCGAUCUAUCCCCUCCUCCGACCAGGCAGAGACGUAGACGUUAUCGUCACCUUCGAUGCAUCCGCCGACAUCAAGCGCGAGAACUGGCUCUCCGUGGUAGACGGCUACGCCCGACAACGCGGCAUCAAAGGUUGGCCCGUAGGAGCCGGCUGGCCCAAGGCAGAGGACAACCCCGAACAAACCUCUGAAAUCCUCCGCGAACCCCAAAACAUCAGCGAUGAAUCCCUAGACUCCAAGAUGACCCGCGCCCAACACGAAGACAAACACAUGCAUGGCCGCAACCUCAAAAUCCCCCGCACAACCGAGUCCAACAACGAAACAAACCCAGCAGGAGACCGCCCCGCCGCCUCGGACACAGACCUAAGCUACUGUAACAUCUGGGUAGGGACAAUGCAAGAGCGCGUCUCGGGCGAUGAACCACCACCCUCGAAACGCCUCUUCCACCCACAGCACGCAAACCACGCCGAAUCAGACUUCCGCCUCAUGCGUCCCGACGCAGGUAUCGCGGUCGUCUACUUCCCCCUCCUUCCCAACACUUCUGCACCUGAGUUACCGCAGGGUUCAGCGAUGUCGCGGUCUCCGGCUCCAACACGCACGUUACAGAAUUCAACCGUUGCCAAAGAGAUUUCUAAUCCUGCGUGGCCGAUGGCGCCUCAUCCGGGGUCUAUUGAUCCCGACGUUGACGAUUUUCUGUCGACGUGGAAUUUCGUGUAUACGCCGGAGCAGAUCGAUUCAGUGGUUGGUCUUGCGAAAGCGAAUUUCGCGCAGGGCGAGGAGCAGAUGAAGAGGGUUGUUCGGGCUGUUUAUGAGAGAAAGAGGUCUGAUCGGUUGAAGAGGGAGGAGCAGGAGGAUAGGAAGAGGAUGGAGGGGUUUGUACCAUUAUAGUCUUUUUUGGUUUUGUUUAGUUUAAAGUGUAAUAUAGGCUUGGAUGAUGAUGUAAAUGCAGCAUACGAAUUAAUAGGAUCAAAUCUUGCAA